UUUUUUUUCUCACGACAUAAUUCACGCAGUUGCUCAAAUGCCAGCCCCAGCGCCGGGUCUGCAGUCCAUCUCGGACUUGACAACGACAUCGCGCAUCACGACCGGCGAUAUCCCGCCUCCGUUGGUCGGUGCAACCAUGACAGUAGUCGACGACAAGCUGUAUCUGUUUGGUGGACGACUCAUCCAGACCCGCCAAAUGACCAACUCGCUAUAUAUCCUCCACCUGAACGACUUUCAUUGGCAAGAUGUCUCGGACAUUGUCAAUGUCCUGCCUACAAGAGCCAUUGGCGACCCUGGCGCAGAGGAUGAGCACGAGGUGGGCGCACCACCUGCAGAACGGUACUUCCAUUCAGCCAAUGCCUACAAGAACACGAUUGUCUUCUUUGGCGGUAUGGGCCCCUCAGGUAACGCACCAGAGGGCCUGCCCCAGGACCUGAUUGUAUUUGACGAUAUCAAGAUCCUGGAUCUCGAAUUCCUCCAGUGGCGCCAGGUUCGCAUCCCGUCGUCACCACAUGCACCCAAACCAAGAUAUGCACACCUGAGCAGUUUGACCGGCAGCAAGCUGGUCAUCAUUGGUGGCCAGGACAUCAAUAACCAGUACAUUGAAGAAGUCAGCGUGCUCGACCUGGAUAGUCUACAAUGGGUCACCUCCAUGGCCUUUGAGAAGCAUUGCGGCUCCUAUCGUUCGAUCGCUGUCAGCCCCAGCGGUCAGGGCUCGUCUAUACCUGUCAUUGGUAGCGAAGUCGGAGACCUUAGUUCGCCUACGCUCUCGCCAACACUUUCACCAACGCUGUCAAGUAACGAUGGUUUCCCAACGUCGUACCUGCGCAAGACGCCGUCGAAUACCUCAUUGCACUACACACCAUCGCUCCGUAAAAGUUCAUCCAACAUGGGCAUAUCUAAAAAGGGCGGCCCGAUAUCGCGUCUCUCAGCAGGAUCAAGCGGCUUUAGCGCCUCAUCUCCCUCGACCUCCGACCAACGGUCAUCCAUAUACAGACUGUCCCAGUUCAUGGCGUCGGCUCCAGCCCAGCAGGAAGAGCAUCCCGUCUACAUCUACUCCAACUUCAACUUUACAGAUGUCAAGCGUGAGCUCCAGGUCCUGACGCCACCACAGUUCAACACCCAAGAUCAUUCGCAGUCUAUGUCCGGCAACCUGCUCCCGCCUGGCUUGCGCUUCCCUACAGGCGCUAUCGCUGGACAACAUCUCUUACUCUCAGGAACUUACCUCACACCCAAUCAGCAGUCAUUCAGCAUCUGGUCGCUUAAUCUCUCGAGUCUUGUAUGGACACGUAUCGACACCGGUACCGUCUUUAGCACCGGCUCCUGGAAUCGUGGCGUGUUGAUGGAAAACUCGAAUGCUUACCUGGUUUUUGGAAACCGGACACGCAGCCUCGCAGACGACUACCAGAACCGACAGACGAACUUCGAUCAUGUCUCGAUUGUUGAUUUGGAGGCGUUUGGAAUCUAUCAGCACCCACCCACGACGAUGACUCAGACAGCGCAGGAGCUUGGUCUCAGCCUGUUGAACGACCCGUCGAUGGCGGAUUUCGAGAUUCUGACACAGGACCAGCAGCGCAUCCCCGUCAACUCGGCCGUACUGGCAACGCGUUGGCCCUAUUUCGCAGCGCUAUUAAGAGAGCAGGAAGAUCAGGAUGCAGCGCAGUGCAAACAAGAUGGGACGGAGUACGACCCAACCUUGUCUCCUAAGAGGACGUUGUCGCUUCCAGAGCCUUACACCGUGGUACUGGCAUUCCUACAAUACCUCUACACCGAUCAUCUGGUGACGGCACAACAGCAUCAUUCGCAAGUUCUCUCACAGCUGCUACUCCUCGCGGACAUGUACGGCCUCGAUCGACUCCGAGAUCUGGCUACGCACGCUCUGCACCAAAUGCUCAAUAUGUCUACGGCAGCAAUGGUCUAUGAGACCGCAGCACUGUCGCAGCAGACAGGACUUCAGAUUCGAUCGCUCAAGGUCAUGAUUGCGGCCAAGAAGAUGCUCCAGCAGCAGCAAUUCAAGCUGCAGCAACAACAAGCCAUGAGCCAGAGCAUUAAUCUCAACUGGACCUCCAACGAAAUCAACCCGCAUCAUCAGCCGGGACAGCAGCAGCAUCAUCAUCCUGGAGAUCCACACCAUAACAGCAACGGUGGGGUCUAUAACCCACAACAGCAACCACUGCAUUCACCCUUCCUGUCGCAGCACCAUCAAGACAUGCACUCGUACUUCCAGCCCAAUCCUCCUCCACCUCUCUCACCAACCUCAUUAAAUGGGCCACCCUCACCGGAUUACAACCGCCCCUCGACACAGGGUACAGCGUUACCGCACCCGAUGAGUCGCCAUCGCGGGUCGAUUCAAGGUGGUGCACCGGGGAUGUCUGCACAGCACUGGAACACCGAGCCAUUGACGCCUCCGCCGGUCUCGCCACCUCCACCUAUGGCGGCCGUGCCAUCGACGCCUCCCUCUGCACCUGCGACAAAGACCUCGUUCUUUUCGUUUGCGGGAUCAAAGAACAAGGCGAACACGACGGCAUUGUCGAAUUCGGGGGCGAGCACAAAGUCUGGAGGGAGCUCGACCAGCAAUUCUCACAAGAAAAUCCCGACAUUCGCGAGCAUGGGUGUGUCCCCGAUCACAGCGCAUUCGGACGGGGCGAGUGUGAAGAGUGGGAAGAGCGGCAUGAGUUCUGGAUCGGAUGCGGAUAAGAAGAAGGCGGAAGAGGAACGGAAGGCGGAGGUGAUGCAGAGGUUGCUGGAUUCAAAUUUUACGAUGAACAUGGGAGGAGUUGCAGGGAUCGGCGGUCGAUAGUGCGGGCUGGCCGACAAAAGCAUGAAAGAAUUUACCACGGUCUUCGAUAAGGCACAAGCACAUUUAUUGGCAGUCUUUGCUAGUAUUUUUCAUUAUCAUACAUGCAGAAAAAGCAAAAAAAAAAUAUUAUUACUAUUGUCGAUUCAUCCAACAUCAUCAGUAAUAAAAAGGAGGGGAAGAAAAUGCAUACAGAAAAAACGAUUCCUGGAGUUGAAACUAUCGAAAAGUAGAAUUAAAAAAAAA